GCACUUGAUGAGCAGUAGCCAAAUAUUUUGGGAAUCCUCCGGCUUUAGUAACUGUAUUUUUCCAGGUUAAGCUCCAACCGCUCAGCUAACACGACUGCUGCUGCACUGACUCAGGAAAGCGAGCCAGUUCCCUCCUGGGGAGCCUUCUGCCACCGCUCGCAGACGGCACUGCUCCCGCCCCGGGCCCAACCUCCCGCCCAGGUCGCCGCCCCCAGCUGUACGGAUUUUCUGGGUUUCGGAGUCCGCGCUUGCAGUCAGUCCCGUGACGCACGCGCCGGAGGUCUUGCCCCAGAAGGAGGCGGACGGGAAGCUGCAGUCGGAGAGGCAGCGGCCUAGGGGCAAAAGCCGCAGAAUUUCCAGGUGGCCAUAGUCCUUGAUCAGUGGCCUGAAAUCACUCUGACUUCAGCUUCUUUCUUCACAGCUUGUCUCAGUUGGACCACCCUCCUGCCUUCUUCUGACCUUACCAGAUGGAUGAUCUCUGUGAAGGAAAUGGCACUUUUGCCAUCAGCUUAUUAAAGAUGUUGGGUGAAGAAGACGGUUCACAGAACGUGUUCAUAUGCCCACUGAGUAUCUCCUCCUCUCUGGCCAUGGUCUUCCUGGGGGCGAAAGGAAACACUGCUGCCCAGAUUUCCGAGGCGCUUCGCCUGAACAGAGAUGGAGAUGUUCAUGGAAGUUUCCAGUGUCUUCUCACUGAAGUUAACAGAACCGGCACUAAGUACCUGCUUCGAAUGGCAAACAGGCUCUUUGGGGAAGAAUCAUAUGGUUUUCUUCCAGCCUUUAAGGAAUCCUGCAAAAAGUUCUACCAGGCAGAGACGGAGGAGUUGUCUUUUGCAAAUGAUGCUGAAGAGUGUAGGAAACACAUCAAUGACUGGGUGACAGAAAAGACCGAAGGUAAGAUUUCAGAAGUGCUGGGUCCUGGAAUCGUCAGUUCACUGACGAAGCUGGUCCUUGUGAAUGCUGUGUAUUUCAAAGGAAAGUGGAAUGAGCAAUUUGACAGAAAGUACACAAGGGGAAUGCCCUUUAAAACUGGCAAGGAGAAGAAAACUGUGCAAAUGAUGUUUAAGCAUGCACAUUUUAACAUGAGCUAUAUAGAGGAGGUGCACACACAGGUCUUGGAGCUGCCCUAUGAAGACGAGCUGAGCAUGGUCAUUCUGCUUCCUGAAGACAACACUGAUCUUGCCGUGGUGGAGAAAGCACUUACAUAUGAGAAAUUCAAAUCCUGGACAAAUCCAAAAAGCAUGAAGAAAAGUAAAAUUCAAGUUUUCUUUCCCAUAUUUAAGCUGGAGGAGAGUUAUGACUUGGAAUCUAUUCUCCAACGUUUAGGAAUGACUGAUGCUUUUGAAGAGAACAAGGCUGACUUUUCUGGAAUGUCAACUAAAAAGAAUGUGCCACUGUCUAAGGUUGCCCACAAGUGCUUUGUAGAAGUUAAUGAGGAAGGCACAGAGGCAGCUGCAGCCACUGCAGUGGUCCGGAAUACCCGGAGUGCCAAGAUAGAACCAAGGUUCUGUGCAGACCACCCUUUCCUUUUCUUCAUCUGGCACCACAGCACCAACAGCAUCAUAUUCUGCGGCAGGUUCUCUUCACCAUGAAGAUGUUCUCUUGCUAUAAUCAACCUCUCUUUUCUUCUGCUUACUGUGCCUUCAUUAAAAUUUCAUGUGGCCAAACUGGUGUAAAGGCUUGAAUGCCAAAACAAAGUAUGUGCACUGGUGAGGUUUGUGAAUGUCUUUGAUAGUAGUUCCAAUGCCCUUGACAACAACUGAUGCUUCAGAUACAUGGAAGUUGGGGUUGAGAGGGCUACCCUUAUUUUGGAAUGUUUGAGGCACUUUUUGUCUCACUUAGAGUCUGUGGCUCCUAUUUGUAAACAUCUUACUAAUUUGUGACCAAGUCUUAAAUGUUAUAGUCCUUUUGCUCUGCCUACUACUACUGCCAGUCUCUCCUUUAGGCAGGGUGAACCAGAGUACUCCAUAGGGUGACCCCGUAGCCAUUAAUUACAGGCACUACUAAGAUAGCAUCUCAGUCACAGAGGCUUUCCAUGUCCCGCAGCUCACAUGGAAACAGCUUCUUCAGAACUUCUUUCCAUAAGUAUCAUAUUAGUUCCAUGGCUCAGCAGUGAGCCUCAGAACUGUGCUGUGAGACAGAAGAGUGGAAUAUGCCGGGUCAGCAUCUUGGGGUGCCUUCCCUUUGAAACCUCGAAGGAACCUUCAUGCCAAACAGUUCUUGGAAGGUAUAAUAUACUACUAAUUAGUUGUUUAUUCCCAGACAUUCUCCCCCCUGUUCUAUGUAAAUAUAGAUUCAUUAAGUGUUUUAGCAAAAGUGAAUGAUAACUUCUGUUGUUAACUUCUUCCCCUAUUUACUGUACAUUUUCCUUCAGACAUUUAUCUUUCCAUGUCAUCAAUUUGAUGUUCAGAGUAUUCUCAUGAAUGGCUGUAGAUCUUUAUUUGAAUUUACCUAAAUGAUGUGGAUGAAAUUAUUUAUAUAUUAUAUGAUUAUGAAUAACCUUGAUAUCUGUUCACACCCUUAAGUUUUGGAGCAAUAUUCCUAAAAAUUAUACUGUCAGGUUAAAAUUUGGAUACAUUAUCAGACUUCUGAGUUGGUCUCCAAAACUUUUACUGAUUUACAUUCUUGCUCAUGUUUCUAUUUAUAUCUCUGCUAAUUGCUGUCUGGCUUAUUAUGUUUAUGAGUUGGACUAAAUGGGUGAGUCUUGAUUCUACUUUUUAUUCACAGUUUACAGUCACAGGAUGCAUUCAUAUUAUAGCUGCAACUUAAAAUUUACCACAAGUUAGAAUAUUUUCUCAAGCCAUUUCACUUCAGCAACCAUGUUUUCCAAGGUACAUUUGGCAUGAACAUUAAUUCACAGAGCUGGAAAGUAUGCAUUUGGGUUUUCAUCUCACUGGCACUUCGAACUUAAAAAUAUAUCUUUCUUGAGGUAUUAUUGACCCAGAACAAACUUCAUAAGUUUAACAUACAAUUUAAUAAGUGCUGACGAAUGCAUGCAUCCAUGAAAUCAUUUCUACUUUGGAAAUAAUGACCAUGUCUAUCCUGUCUAUCUGCAUUUUUUACUGAACCUUUACAGUCUCUCCCUCCUUUCCCUCCUUAAUGCUUUAGCCUUCUUCCUCAAGCAGACUAUGCUCUGUGUUCUAUCACUAGAACUUAAUUUUAUUUUCUAGAACUUUACUUGUAAUCUUCAUCUACCCUUUGCAUAUGCCUCCUAAAAUUUUAUAUAGCUUCCUUUUAUUGCUAAGUAUUAUAACAUUGUAUGUAUAUACCACAGUUUUUAGUCCAUUCAUAUGUAGAUUGAUAUUUAGGUUGUCAUCAAUGUUUGGCCAUUGCAAAUAAAAUUAUGAAUAUACAUGUUUUUCAUUUCUUUUGGAUAGAUGCAUAGGAGUGGAAUGUCUUCAUUAAAUUAAGUGUAUCCUGCCUAGGGAGAUAGCUCAGUAGAAUAAGGACUUGCCUGGCAAGCACAAGGUCCUGAGUUCAAUCCCCAGUGCCACAAUAAAUAAAUAAAUAAAUAAAUAAAUAAAUAAAUAAAUUAAUAAAUAUAAAUAAAAAACUAAGUGCAUCCUUAAAGUUUUUAAGGAACUGCCAAAUUGUUUUUGAAAGUAAUUGUAUCAUUUAUGUUUCCCAGAAAGGCCUCUAGGAGUUUUGGUUGAUUGAUCUACAUCCUUGCUGAUACCUGGUGUUGCACGUAAGGUUUACAAAGGAAACAGUAAAGGAUACAUAAUUUAUAGGAUUAUUUUAUAGUAGUCAUCCAAAGAGCCGAGUUUGGAAGAUUGCAGAAACUGUACACAUACUAGACCCAAAGAAUCCAGGUGAGGGCAAGAUCCCAGGGCAAUGCCCUACACAAGUCCAGCUAAAGACCUAGAGCCCGUCACAAUGCCCCCCUGCCCCCGACCACAAGUCAAACCGGAGGCCAGGAGCCCACGACAAGCUCUCAUGCAGGUCUGCACUGGGAAGGCCCAAAGGUCAGUGGUGGAAGCUAGAAACUCUGUGCCAGCAAGAUGAAGGCUCUGUGCUGGCAGGCAGAGGGAUCUGCACGGGAGCUAGAAGUAAUGCUCAAAGCAGGAACCAGUGGUCCCCCAAAAGGUAUCCCAGUGGUAUUAUAUUGUGACCUUAGUUUGUUUACCUAAUGAGUAAUUAUGUUCAACAUUUUUUCAUGUGGUCAUUUGUCAUCCGUAUUUGCUUCUUAGUGAAUAAGAUUUCUCACCCAUAUUUUGUAGCUUUAAGUUUAGUUUUAUUUUCUUAUUGUAUUUUGCUAAUCUUAUGUUACAAAAUAAUAUACUUUACCAGAUAUAUAAUUUGAAAAAUUUCUUUCCAUCACAUAUCAUCUCUUGCACUAUCCUUUUAAUAACAGUGCUUUUGAAAAGCAGGGGCUUUUCAUGUUGGUGGUUUAAUUUAUUUUAUUUAAUUUCUUUAUUUUCUUAAAGAAUAUGAAAAUGAUAGAGAAAAAUAGCA